AGAUUUGCUUCGCACAGUGCACGCCAUCUUGAUUCCAGACAGUCUAACACAACAGCCAGCUGUGAAAUUCUUUCGUGCGAUUUAUUCCCCAUUUCGUCACACAAUCGCGCUAAAAAAGCCACAUUUGCGAAGAAAGUGAUCUCCUGCAUCGACAGCAACUGCAGUAGCUAAAGUGCAUCCACUCAUCCGAACAGUUGUACGCGGAAUGAAAAGUACCACAUUUUACGAUCACGAAACACGGAAAGAGCACCACAUCUCGGACAAGAUGGCGGCGGAUGACGAGCUCAAUAAUGAGGUGCUGAAUCUGCUAGAGGCGCCCUACAACAAGGAGACGAUACUAAUGUCAGGUUCCGGUAUGAGUUUGGUACAGAGAGUGUGUGUAUUCAGCUUCCAAGACAAAGGCUGAUCUCUGUAAAGGCUGCUCUGUGUCUGCUGGUUGGAAUCAAAGUAGGCAAAAAUGCACAAAUACAAAUACAAAGCUCUAAACAAUUAAAGAUCAGUCACGAUAUUGACACACCAAGAUAUCAUUGUAUGCGGCAGUAAAUGCCCUUGUUCCUUACGAUAGAGGAAGUGUCCUCCCUAAAGAGGGCUUACAAGGAGAAGCAAGCAGAAGAAGCAAAAGCUUAUCAUAAAAAAGAUGAUGCUGCCGCCUCGCCGGUAGAAAAUGGCGCCACAACGAAUGGAGAGAAAAAGUCAAAGGAAAAUGGCCAUAGCAAAUCCUCACGCCACCGCAGUCGUUCGCGCGAACGCGAAAGAGAACGUGAGCGGGACCGUGAUCGUGAGCGCGACCGUGACCGGGAGCGUGAGCGAGACCGUGAGCGCGAUCGGGACGGUGAAAAGGGCUCCAAAAAGCAUCGCUCCGGUUCGCCCGGGCGUACCCGCGACAAGGAGCGCCGUCGCAGCAAGGAUCGCAGCAAGUCUCGUUCACCAGCGCGCCGCGACCGUUCGAAGGACCGCUCGAAGGAAAAGGACCGUAGCAAGAGCGAUCACCAUCGACGGGAGAUAGUGGUUGAGAAGCGUCGAUCUCGUGAUCGCGUUGAUCAUCGACGCCGCUCUCGCGAACGAGACUAUCGCCGUCGCAGCCGCUCCAGGGACGGUGGCCGGGGCAUGGGCCGUGGCCGUCGCUCGAUGUCCCCCAAACCCUACCGGGGAAGGGGACGAGGUGGCUCCGGCUACUACCGUGAUCGAUCGCCGCUGGAAGAGAUGAGCCAGGAGGAUCGGGAUGCGCGUACCGUCUUUUGCAUGCAGCUGUCCCAGCGCAUCCAUGCGCGCGACCUGGAGGAGUUCUUCUCGAGCGUGGGCAAGGUGCGCGACGUCCGUCUGAUCACGUGCAACAAAACGAAGCGCUUCAAGGGCAUCGCCUACAUUGAGUUUAAGGAUCCCGAGUCGGUCGCACUAGCGUUGGGCCUGUCCGGCCAGAAGCUGCUCGGCAUACCGAUCAGCGUGCAGCACACGCAGGCGGAAAAGAACCGUAUGGCCAGCCAGCCGCCGGUUGCACCGCCCAAGAACCCGUCCGGCCCGAUGCGUCUGUACGUGGGCUCGCUGCAUUUCAACAUCACGGAGGAUAUGCUGAAUGGUAUCUUCGAACCGUUCGGCAAGAUCGAUAACAUCCAGCUCAUCAUGGAUGCCGACACGGGACGCUCGAAGGGCUACGGAUUUAUCACAUUCCACAAUGCCGAUGAUGCUAAAAAAGCACUGGAACAGCUGAAUGGAUUCGAGCUAGCAGGACGCCCCAUGAAGGUGGGCAACGUGACGGAACGGUUGGACGUAACUACGCACGCCUCGCUGGACACGGAUGAGAUGGACCGCAGUGGCAUCGAGCUGGGCGCAACCGGACGGCUGCAGCUUAUGUUCAAGCUAGCCGAGGGGGCCGGUCUGGCCGUGCCGCGGGCGGCAGCCGACGCACUGCUCGCCACUGCCCCGCAGCCCGUACCGCAGCAACCGAUCAUGCAGUCGCCCCCGAUCGCCACCCAGUGCUUUCUGCUGUCGAACAUGUUCGACCCGGCGACCGAAACCAACCCGAACUGGGAUCUGGAGAUACAGGACGACGUGAUAGAGGAGUGCAACAAGCACGGCGGCGUGCAGCACGUGUACGUGGACAAGCAGUCGCCCUCGGGCAACGUGUACGUCAAGUGUCCCAGCAUCGCGACGGCCGUGCUCGCCGUCAACGCACUGCACGGGCGGUGGUUUGCAGGGCGCGUGAUCGGGGCGGCCUACGUACCGCUGAUCAACUAUUACAACCUGUUCCCGGAAGCGGCCCAGUCAGUUACCAUGCUGCAGCCGAAGCGAUCCGGUUGAGAGGUAUAAUCGCUGCAAGCUUUUUUUUUUCUUUUUGCACACAAACAUACACUUCUGGUAACAACUGGUCCUUGGUGCGUACCGACGUAAAUGGGGAAUCGUAAAGUUCUCAUUUCUAGUGUUACCUGGACCCUUUCACACUAAACAAAGAGAGAACAAUCUAGCAGCGCGGCACUGUGCUGUGUUGUGUGAGCCUCUUCUGGUCAGCUAGAACACUACUACCUAGUACAAGCCGUAUUUUUCCUUUAGUAAAUCCCAAACCUAGCGAUCAGGAUUGUUUGGAAGCCGUCGAUUGGAACAAAACGAUUCGACGAAAGAACAGCUGUAGAUUGGAACCAAUACCGCGGUGGAGGGGGACAAAGGACGAUGUAAAGAUUAAGGAAAAAAUGAGCAAUUUAUAUAGCUUUCUGUUUCCCCCCGACAAAUAUGUGAUAUUAAGCGGAAGGAGAAGCCCAUUUUACGAACACGCACACACACACAACAAACAAAAAGCAGUGACGAAGAUCUCGUAUCCUACAUGGCUGCUGGGGCUUUGAUGUAGGAGGAAACAGGUUACUGCAAAACUGAAUGUUAACGAGGGGCAAGAAAGGUAAAUUCUUACUAUUUCUCCUUUUUUGGAAAAGUUUUGGAAUGUUGGGGAAAAUGUCACACUGUACAUGAUUUACUUUUAAGAUAAAGUAAUGAGUGUUUGAUUUAAAAAUGCUUUCACACUCGUUGGGAUAAACCAUACAAUUCAGUUUAUUUUAUUCGCUUUUAGUAUGUGCAUUAUUUCGAAAUCGAUUAGUCAGACAUUUUCCAGUUAACAUUGGCGGGAGAGGGCAAGAUUUCGAUGACAA